CAAAGCUUGGUCAACGCCCCAGAGCAUCCAAUCCUUGUGCAGCAUGGCAUCCUCCGAGGUGCCGCCACAGGAUGGAGAGCCCGCAGGCUCGUCUGGUGGGUAUCCGACGGCGGCUGGCGAGACCGUUGAGCCGGACGUCUCCGCGGAGCAGGAGGAGCGAGGCCACAGUCGCUUCGGCGCGCUGCUGGGCUCCGCAUCCUCAUUGAAAAAGAAAGCGAGCCCCUUUCUCAACAAGGCACGCCAGGCCAUUGUGGAGGAAGCCAAGCAGGUCAAGGACGAUAUGCGUGACAUUGCGGGAGGUGUACGAGAAGGGAUGCAGCUCACCAAGCAGGAUUUGGAGGAGCAGACCCGUGGCUGGCGCAGUGCCUUCGGUGCCAAGCUGCGCAGCUUCGGUGCGAAGCGGGACGAGAGCCCCCGUGCAGAGGAAGAUGACAAGGCAAAAGAGAAUGAGAAAGAGAAGGAGAAAGAAAAGGAGUCCAGUGCGCUGCACGCCGUACGGCAGAACCUGGCGAUGACCGCGAAGGACGUGUCGGAGCUCCGGCAGGAAGUCAUGAACGAGGUCCGCCUCAGUGUCAACGACAUCCGCCAGGUGCUGCGAUGCUGCAGUUCACCAAUGUUGGCAUAACAUGGAGGUUGGUCACAGAGUCAGAGAUGAUAAUAUGGAUGAGUAGAAGAAGGUUCCUCUACUAAUCCCUUCCGCCUAUUAAAUCGAUUUAAAAAACCGGGCUCUCCCUUACCAAAAAAGAACAACUCGGGUGUGCUUUUUUAAAUAGGGAGUCCCUGAAAUCGGGGUUGUCCAAAAUAGGGUCAGUGGGAGGAUCAAAACUGAAAAGUCACCCAGGAAAGUUAUGCAUAUUAAGUAUAAUAUUAUCUAUUAUAUUUAACAAUCCUUUACUAAACUCGUCCUGCGACUCACACAGACGUCGCAGGUUCCCCAAGCGCAAGCCCCCUCCACCAGUUCCCAGUGACACUAACUGGGAUGAUUGGGACGCCGAUGCGGAAUGCCGCCUUGUGGAGCUGAAAACAGAUCCCCAGCUGCGUCUUGCGAUUCCUCAGCCCCGCCGCUGCCAUGCAGAAUUCCGACGGCGCGGGCAACGGCGGAACCAAAGAGGUGAGCGCAGAGGAGUACAAGCAAUACCUCAAGACGUUCAAGAAGAAGGAGAAAAAGCAAAAGAAGCAAGCAAAAAAAGUUCCUCCAAGGAAUUUCGCCGCGGAGAAAGUCCGAGAAGCGGCGACCGCCAGGGACAGAGGUGUGGCGAGGUCAAUCUGAAGCAGAAGAAAGCAAGCAAGAGGAGGAUCCCAAAGAUCCCAAAGAC